UUUUGUCAUUGUCAGAUAAGAUGGCAGCAGUAGGGACCAUUUGGUCACAUUAAAUGCAUCCACUGCAGAUUCUCUUCACGAUCGAGAGAAUCAAUGGCGAUUGCCUAGUGGAUGUUCUUUACCAACGGUUUUCCUAAGAGCCAAGGCAUUUUAGGGGUGGAAAAGUUUGUGGGUUUUGACCUUAUUGUCAUGGAUUGGGAAAAGGCUUCAGAUGCAUAUGGCAAGUUGAUCAAAGAUGGCAAUGAGUCGAUGAAAGUUAGAGCUACUAUCGAGCUCGGGAAACUAUCCAAAGAUGCUCCGGAGGCCAUUAUUGAAAGAAUAGUGCCACUUCUUGUUAAUCUCUUAAAUCUUUCUACUGGUGGUUCACAAUUACUUCAAGAAGCAGCUGUUUUUUCUCUCAGAUCUAUUGCUCAUCGAUGUGAUAAGUUCUGCAUUUGCAUUGGGGAUGGUGGGGCUAUUCCCAUUCUUAUGAGGUUGUUGUUGAACUCACAAGGUAGAUUUCAGAGGUUGGUGGUAAAAUGCUUAAGGGAACUAGUUAUAUGCACUCCCAGCAAUCGAAUUAUUCUCGCUAGAAAUGGUGGUCUCGAACCCAUUCUUAACCUAAUGUCAUCUUCUUCGCAAUAUACGAAGCCCUAUUUUGCAGAGAUUUUAAGUUCAUUGACUCUGUUAAGGGAGGUUAGACGGAUAAUUAUCAAUGUUGGGGGCCUUCUAUCUCUCAUUGAAUGUGCUACAAUAGGAAUGAUGGUUUCAAGAACAAGAGCUGCUCAUGCACUUGGACUGUUGGGGAUGACAAGAAGGUCGAGGAGGUUGCUUGUUGAUUUGGGGGUUAUCCCUGUAUUGAUCAAUUUGUUACGAGAAGGCGAUAUGCCUGCAAAACUUGUAUCUGGAAAUGCACUGGGAAUAAUUUCAUCUCAUCUCGACUAUCUAAGACCCAUUGCCCAAGAAGGAGCUAUCCCAAUAUUUGCUCAAUUACUCGAAGGUUCUGAGCAUAUGGGUAAGGAAAUUGCUGAAGAUGUGUUUUGUAUAUUGGCUGUUGCGGAGGAGAAUGCAGUGGCCAUAGCUGGACACUUAGUUAGAAUCCUUCAAGGGUCAAACGAUGAAGCAAAAGCUGCAGCAGCUGAUGUUCUUUGGGAUCUUUCGAGUUAUAAGCAUUCAAUAUCAGUUGUUCGAGCAUCUGGGGCAAUUCCCGUGUUGCUUGAACUUUUGCAAGAUGGGAAUGCUGAUGUUAGAGAGAAGGCAUCAGGGGCUGUUGCCCAAUUGAGUUAUGAUGAAGGGGACAGAGGAGCUUUGGCACAAGCUGGGAUUAUUCCAAUCCUCAUGAACUUGUUGAGAGAGGAUUCGGAAGAGCUCAAGGAUAAUGCCGCCGAGGCGCUGAUCAAUUUCUCAGAGGACCCAUUAUUGAGAGACAUGAUAUCGGGGGCUUUUGAUAUUCCUUCCUUUAGAAAUAUACAAGAUAGGUUAGCUAGAGUUCAGUCAUCUGAUGAGCACACUGUUAGAUCUUUGAGACUGAUGAGCAUUGAACAGUUCACAUGGGAUCCACAAUUUGAAAAAGUUCCGUGGUAAACCAUGUAACUUUGAAAUGGAAGUUGCUUCCCCCAAGAAAAUAUUUCAUCGCUGGCUUCUUGAGGUGAGAGGGACAAGGCCAUGAAAGCAGGUUCAGCUCUUUGAGUCCAAGAUCUGCCAGCUCUGUGUCGUCUCCAAAGGCAUUUUCAUGCAACAGCCCAACCUCCUUGAGCUUGAGGCACACAUCAAAAUAUGUGGUAUCUCUCUCUCUCUCUCUUAUAUAUUCUCUGUUUCCCAAUGAUAAUCUCUUUUUGAUCCGCCCUAUUGAAAUCUGCACUAAAUUUCUCUCACUUUCCCAAACUCCCUCUCUCCUCUUCUAUAUUGUGUUUUUUACCUGCUCUCUUUCACUCUUGCCCUUUCUGUAAAUACUCAUUGUUUCAUACUCAGAAAAUUUUCCUUCGUGCUAUCUUUCUCUCUCUAUCUUUUAUGUGCAACACAUCCCUUUCCUGAUUAUGAAUUUCUCUUAAGUGGGUUCUAUUCUCUCUGUGAUUUCUUUUUUAUUUUUUCUCUAUAAACCUUUUUUCUUUAUUCUCUCUGAGGCUAUAAGGACAAGAGCUAGGCCGGGCCAAGAUCAAGGAUGGCCUGGCCCAGGCCCAGCAUGUUGCCACCCUUAAGCUUCCCUAAGGGCGCGUUUGAUAAUAGGAAGUUGGUUACUAGAAGAUGGAACUUACCUGUUACUAUUCAUAUUUUGUGUUUGCUAAAAAAGGGCAAGAUAAAAAGAGAACUUCAUUUUACUAUUCAUGUUCUCACUUUUACUCAUAGAAAAAGUUCCGUGGUAAACCACGGAACUUUGAAAUGGAAGUUGCUUCCCCCAAGAAAACAUUUCAUUGCUGGCUUCUUGAGGUGAGAGGGACAAGGCCAGGAAAGCAGGUCCAGCUCUUUGAGUCCGAGAUGUGCCAGCUCUGUGUCGUCUCCAAAGGCAUUUUCAUGCAACAGCCCAACCUCCUCGAGCUUGAGGCACACAUCAAAAUAUGUGCUCUCUCUCUCUCUCUCUCUCUCUCUCUCUUAUAUAUUCUCUAUUUCCCAAUGAUAAUCUCUUUUUGAUCCUCCCCAUUGAAAUUUGCACUAAAUCUCUCUCACUUUUUCCAAACUCCCUCUCUCCUCUUCAAUAUUGUGUUUUUGACCCUCUCUCUUUCACUCUUGCCCUUUCUGUAAAUACUCAUUGUUUCAUACUCAGAAAAUUUCCUUUCAUGCUAUCUUUCUCUCUCUACCUUUUAUGUGAAAACACAUUCCUUUCUUGAUUAUGAAUUUCUCUUAAGUGGGUUCUAUUCUCUUUGUGAUUUCUUUUUUUUUUUUUCUUUUUUCUCUAUAAACCUUUUUUGUUAAAUCCAUGUUGCCCUUCUAUUGUGAAAUUCAUUAGUUUUCUGUAAAAGUAGGUUUUUGUUUUCUUCCCUAUUGUUUGGUGAUGACGUUGUUAUUUUUGAUGGAUUAAGCAAAGGGGCUUAUGAGAUUUCUUCGUUUGAUGUGAAGAACGUUUAUAGGAAUUUUUGUUUAGCUCUAUGGGGAUUUUUAUUUUGCCUAACUUGACAGGGAAUUUAAUUGAGGAAAUAGAAGAAUUUUGUUUUUUGUUUUUUAAUUUUCCUCUCUCUACCUUCCCUAUGGUGUAUUUUGGUGUGGUUCGCAUGAUGUGUUCAUUUAGAGUUUGGAGGGGCAACUCUUUCUGGUUAUGAU